UAUUGUUUACUUAUUUAUUAUCAAAAUGUAAAAUCUUAUAGUGCUGGUAUAUUAACUGCACUUUCUAAUCGUAUUGGUGAUGUUUCUAUUUUAAUUUCUAUUGCAUGAAUGUUAAAUUUUGGUGGUUGAAAUUAUAUUUAUUAUUAUGAUUUUAUUUCUAAUUCUUUUGAAAUAAAGCUCAUUACUAUAUUAAUUGUUUUAGCAGCUAUAACUAAGAGAGCUCAGAUUCCUUUCUCUUCAUGACUUCCUGCUGCUAUAGCAGCUCCUACUCCUGUUUCUGCUUUAGUUCAUUCUUCUACUCUUGUUACUGCUGGUGUUUAUUUAUUAAUUCGUUUUAGACCAAUAUUGGAUACUUAUAAUUGUGGUUGAUUUUUACUUUUAAUUGGUUGUAUAACUAUAUUUAUGGCUGGAUUGGGUGCUAAUUUUGAAUUUGAUUUGAAGAAGAUUAUUGCUCUUUCUACUUUAAGACAACUUGGUUUAAUAAUAAGAAUUUUGGCUAUGGGUUAUCCAAAACUUGCAUUUUUUCAUUUAUUGGCUCAUGCUUUAUUUAAGGCAUUAUUAUUUAUAUGUGCAGGUUCAAUAAUUCAUAAUUUGAAGGAUUCUCAGGAUAUUCGUUUUAUAGGAUCAAUUGUUAAUUUCAUACCUUUAACUUCAGUUUGUUUUAAUGUUUCUAGUUUAUCUUUGUGUGGAAUACCUUUUUUAGCGGGAUUUUAUUCGAAGGAUUCAGAAGAGAUCUUGACAAGAACUUCUAAUAUCGUGAAUGCUUACCCAGACGAUUUAGAAGAGACGCCAGGUGACGAACUUAUACAGUUCGCUGAGCUGCUCAAAACGGAUAUCGCUGCUGCCAUUGACACUAAAAGGAAAGAAGCUCUGGAACUACAAAUUUUUAAUGUAAAAUUCUUUAGGAUCGAGGUUUCCACUGUAGAAAUAGGCUUCUUACGCAUUUACUUAUCUUUAAUGAUCACCAGCUGCAGUGGAGAACGUGAAGAUGCUAUUUAUUCUAUGAUAUGCACAGACUACACAAAUAUUUUUGGAUUUCUCAGUUAG